UCCAAACCGGAACCACGCCCACAUUCUGUAYCUCUCUUGUUAGCGCCGCUGAGGGAAGAACUUCACCCGGCGGCGCCAGACAGCUUCCUCUUGCUCAGUUCGGCUGAAGAUCCAGAACCGUCCUGCUAACUUCCGGAGCGGGAGAAAAUGAACCGCAGCGAGCUGAGCGGCUAUGAUUUCGAGCGGCGUUUCGACGAAAAACGAGCUUUGGAGUGGAUGCAGGAAAACUGGAGCACGUCCUUCACGUUCUGCGGCCUGUACGUCGCCUUCGUCUUCGGCGGGCAGUACCUCAUGAYGGAACGUUCCAAACUGGACCUGCGUCGGCCGCUGGCGCUGUGGUCGCUCAGCCUCGCUGUCUUCAGUAUCAUCGGAGCAUUCCGGACCGGGCUGUACAUGCUGCACGUGUUCUCGAACAGUGGCUUUAAAGAGACCGUCUGCGACAAUUACUUCUACAGCGCGCCGGUUACAAAGUUCUGGGCUUUCGCCUUCACCAUCAGCAAGGCCCCUGAGCUGGGCGACACGGUGUUCAUCGUCCUGAGGAAGCAGCGCCUCAUCUUCCUGCACUGGUACCACCACAUCACCGUGCUGCUCUACACCUGGUUCUCCUACAAGGACCAGGUGGCCGGCGGUGGCUGGUUCAUGACCAUGAACUACACGGUCCACGCCCUCAUGUACACGUACUACGCGGCGCGGGCGGCAGGCGUGCGGAUCCCGCGCCCGUUGGCCAUGGUCAUCACGGCGGCGCAGAUCCUGCAGAUGGCGAUGGGGCUGACGGUGCUGGGCUUCGUGUACCGCUGGAUGCACCAGGUGCGCUGCCCUUCCAACWUGGACAACGUGGUGUGGGGCUCGCUCAUGUACCUGAGCUACCUGCUUCUGUUUGCCUCGUUUUUCUACAACAGCUACCUGAAAGGCCCGCCCAGCGACAAACGCAACAAGGCAGAGUAACACCUGUGUACCGUUUUAUUAUCGUCCGCUUCAUAAAAGUGACUUAACUUAAACAAAUAACCAAAUAACGGCCAAAUAUUUUUAAAAACGGGCAGCACAGUGGAGCGGUGGUCAUGACUAACAUGAAGAAAGUCACAGGUUUGCCUCUCGGCCUUCCUGUGUGACGUUUACAAGUUCUCCCCAGGUUCUCUGGUUUCCUCCCACAGACCAAAAACAUGCCUGUUGGGUUCAUUUGUAACUCUAAAUUGUUCCUAAAUGUGAGUGAGAGUGUGAAUGCUUGUUUGUCUCUUUGUGUUGCCCUGAAGGACUAGAGACAUGUCCAGAGAUGGACACAAGGUCCCCGAAAGAAAGAGCAGGUUAAAAAUAAUACUUUUAAUGUCUUUUAAUGUUUUUAAUGAAGCUGUGAAACAAAAAACAAACAAAAAAAAACCACUGUUGCACUUAACGCUUUUAUGGUUUUGUGAUGUUUUUAAAAAAAAACACAUUUUUUUAAGUCAAAAGUUUUACAAGAUUUAAAGCCGGGGAAGUUUUCUUCAUCCAACAUGUCUCUUAUCGCGUUCCCUUCAGUUGAAGGACAUUUUACCAGAUUAUUUUUGUUGAUUGUUUUAUUUUGGCCAAAGUUCAGUCACUGUUAAAACRGUCUCUUUACUAAGAAAAUGUGAUUUUGUUUGUAACAUUCCAGAUAUACCGUUACCACUGACCUCAAACUUUCUUCUAAAAAGGGAAUACUGUGGGAAAAAUACUAAUUUAUAUACAAUAAAAYGUUUUUAUGUUGCU